AUGUGCUCGAGCGCAUGAGUGUUUUAUGCUUUUGUUUUGUGUGUGUGUGUGGGGGGGUGUUUUUUCUUUCCAAUUACAGCGGGAGGAGUUGACAGUGGUGACAGAAGGAGUGGGUAUACAAGCAUUUGGAAUUUAAUGGGGGGGUAGACAAGGUAGGAAGAGCCCACGCGAGGUCCAGAUAGGUACUUAGGAUCUGAGCGACUUGAAGUUUUUCAGAGAUUGAGCCCUAACCUGGCGCUGGAACCAUCCACCACUCCUGCAAGGGGGGCGGGGCCCGGGAGAGUGACAGAGGCAGUCGAGAUACGGAAACGAGGGUCCUCCAAGGCCGACCAGAGCGGCCCUAUCGGGCCAGCGUGGCGCCGUGUAGCGAUAGACCAGCCGUCAAGAGGAGUGGAGUUGCCGAGGCCGGAGAGUGGUAGGCGGCGGGCUAGAGCGGCCGGAGGGAGGAGUGGAGCUGGACGCCAAGGCGGCCUCUGGCUCGGCUAGAGCGACUCUGCGGCACGGGUGGGGGAACCUGGAGCUCGAGCGCCGAGGCUUCGGUUCCUGAGGCUGCAGUGGCUUGCUUCUCUUCCCAUCCGACAGCCCGGUGGAGUCCUGGAGAUGGGGGAAGUCGCCGGAGGGGCGGCCCCAGGGCCUCCCCGGUCUGGCCUGGUGUCCAUCAUCAUCGGGGCUGAGGAUGAGGAUUUUGAGAACGAGCUGGAGGCGGUGAGCAGGAACUCAGAAGAUCAAAACAGCCAAUUCCAGAGCCUGGAGCAAGUGAAACGACGCCCAGCCCACCUCAUGGCCCUCCUGCAGCACGUGGCCCUGCAGUUCGAGCCAGGACCACUGCUCUGCUGCCUGCACGCAGACAUGCUAAGCUCACUGGGCCCCAAAGAAGCCAAGAAAGCCUUCCUCGACUUCUAUCACAGUUUCCUGGAGAAGACUGCGGUUCUUCGGGUGCCCGUCCCUCCCAAUGUCGCUUUUGAACUUGAUCGUACUCGGCCUGAUCUCAUCUCUGAGGAUGUCCAGAGGCGGUUCAUACAAGAGGUGGUGCAGAGCCAGCAGGCAGCCGUGAGCCGUCAGCUAGAGGACUUCCGCUCCAAGCGGCUCAUGGGCAUGACGCCCUGGGAGCAGGAACUGAGCCUGCUAGAACCUUGGAUUGGGAAAGACCGAGGCAACUAUGAGGCCCGGGAGCGGCAUGUUGCAGAGCGGCUGCUCUCCCACCUAGAGGAAAUCCAACAUACCAUCUCUACAGAUGAAGAGAAAAGCGCUGCUGUGGUCACUGCCAUCAGCCUCUAUAUGCGCCACCUUGGGGUCCGGACCAAGAGUGGGGACAAGAAGUCAGGGAGGAACUUCUUCCGGAAAAAGGUGAUGGGGAAUCGGAGGUCAGAUGAGCCCCCCAAGACAAAGAAAGGGCUGAGCAGUAUCCUAGAUCCUGCCCGUUGGAACCGGGGAGAGCCAUCUGCUCCAGAUUGUCGACAUCUAAAGGUCGAGGUUGAUGCAGAGAAGCCAGGCCCUGCAGAUCGGAAGGGAGGCCUGGGUACGUCUUCUCGGGACAGGACUGUUGGGACUCCUGGGCAGGACAACCCAGGAAUCUCCCUGCACCCUCUGUCUACAGACAGCCUCGACUCCCGGGAUCCAGGUGUGGAUACCCCGCAGGAGCCAGGGGAUACACCUCCACAGGGCCCUACCAGCCUGGAGCCCCUGGUGCCCCCAGAGAGCACGGAGGACAAUGGCGAGACUGAGAGAAGGUGGAAGAGGUGGGUGCCUGGGCCCUGGGUGGGGGGAGGGCCAGCCCUCCCCCAUCUCUCCCAGCCCCUCCCCCUCCCCAUGGCCACCUCCUCCCCUUCACCCCCUGUGAGGGGAGGGGUGGUUAGGCUGUCAGGGCGUCUGGGGCGCUCAGAGAGCCUGCGGGUGAGUGACCGCCGCCGGCCUUCCCGGGGCAGCCUCGGGGCUAAGGGCCGGGGUGGGGGCCGUUCCCGGAGCGACGUGGACAUGGACCCAGGCUCCGCUACGGCCGUGCUUGGCCCUACCCGACGAGCCACGUACGUCACUUCCCCCUUCCCUGAGCCUGGAGAUGAUGGGGAGCCAGGACGCUCAGGCCUGGAACUGGAACCAGAAGAACCUCCUGGGUGGAGGGAACUCGUUCCCCCAGACACUCUGCUCAGCCUGCCCAAAAGCCAAGUGAAGCGGCAAGAAGUCAUCAGCGAGCUGCUGGUGACGGAGGCAGCUCACGUGCGCAUGCUACGGGUACUGCAUGACCUCUUCUACCAGCCCAUGGCAGAUGGAGGCUUCUUCCCUCUGGAGGAGCUGCAGAACAUCUUCCCCAGCCUGGAUGAGCUCAUCGAGGUGCACUCCCUGUUCCUCGAUCGCUUGAUGAAGCGGAGACAAGAGAGUGGCUACCUCAUUGAGGAGAUCGGUGAUGUGCUACUGGCCCGGUUCGAUGGUGCUGAGGGUUCAUGGUUCCAGAAGAUCUCCUCCCGCUUCUGCAGCCGCCAGUCAUUCGCUCUAGAGCAGCUCAAAGCCAAGCAGCGCAAGGAGCCUCGAUUCUGUGCCUUCGUGCAGGAAGCUGAGAGCCGCCCACGAUGCCGGCGCCUACAAUUAAAGGACAUGAUCCCCACUGAGAUGCAGCGACUGACCAAGUACCCACUGCUGCUACAGAGUAUUGGGCAGAACACAGAAGAGCCUGCGGAACGGGGGAAAGUGGAGCUUGCCGCUGAGUGCUGCCGUGAGAUUCUGCACCAUGUCAAUCAAGCCGUCCGUGACAUGGAGGACCUGCUGCGGCUCAAGGAUUACCAGCGUCGCCUGGACUUGACUCACAUACGGCAGAGCAGUGACCCUAUGCUGAGCGAGUUCAAGAACCUUGACAUCACUAAGAAGAAGUUGGUCCAUGAAGGCCCCCUCACAUGGCGAGUAACCAAAGACAAAGCUGUAGAGGUGCACGUGCUCUUGCUGGACGACCUGCUGCUGCUGCUCCAGCGCCAGGAUGAGAGGCUGCUGCUCAAGUCGCACAGCCGGACACUGACACCCACGCCUGACGGCAAGACCAUGCUUCGGCCUGUGCUCCGGCUCACCUCUGCCAUGACCCGAGAGGUGGCCACUGAUCACAAAGCUUUCUACGUCAUUUUUACCUGGGACCAUGAAGCCCAGAUAUAUGAGCUGGUGGCACAGACAUCGUCAGAACGCAAGAACUGGUGUGCCCUCAUCACUGAGACUGCCGGAUCCCUGAAGGUCCCUGCCCCUGCCUCCCGCCACAAACCCCGGCCCAGCCCAAGCAGCACCCGAGAGCCCCUGCUAAGCAGCUCUGAGAAUGGCACUGGAGGCACAGAGAUUGCUCCAGCUGAUGCCCGGACAGAGCGGAUCCUCAAUGACCUCCUGCCCUUCUGCAGACCAGGCCCAGAGGGCCAACUUGCUGCCACAGCCCUUCAAAAAGUACUGUCCCUGAAACAGAUCCUGUUAAGCACUGAGGAAGACAGUGGAGCGGGGCCUCCCAGCAAUGGUGAUGGGGUGCCUGGUGGUGGUGCCCCCAGCCCAGCACACACCCAGGAGAUUGAGGAAAACCUGCUUAGCCUAGAAGUGGCCAUCAGACAACUGGAGGAGUUAGAAGAGGAAUUUUGUCGCCUAAGACCCCUCCUGUCUCAGCUUGGAGGGACUCUGUCCCCCAACCUGGCUGCACCUGAACGCUCUGCUCAGACAGGCCUUUCAUGAAGAGAAUAGUGGGGGAGAGGAUGCGAGGGGCCCCCCACCCCACAUCUGCCACAGCAUCUCACACCCCAGAGGCCUUGAGCAGAGGGAGAUUGGCUGAACUUGAAAGUGGACCUGCUCCGGUCACUGCCUCCCACCCUGGCCUCUGCCUUUCUCCCUCCUGCCUUCUGCUUGGGGGACUCAGGGCUUCACUCCCAGAGCACCUCCAUAAUCCCCAUUUUUCAGGCCAUCUCAGUAUUGCCUAUUGGGGGCUCACCCCUCCACCCCCUACCCCAAGUGCCUUUGCUCUGUUUUUAUAUCCUGAAUUGGAGGUUUAUUUUUAAUAUAUAUUAUCUAAGGAGAGAUCUGUGUGUGAGGGCGUCGGGCAGUGGGCCCCAUGUCUGGGCCUGCCCUUGACUGACUAGUAAUGAUUUCCUGGUUCUGACC